AUGGCUGCUUCGGCGCCCCGGCUGCUGCAAUGCAGCGUGAAGCUGCUUUUCCUCAGCGAGGAGCAGCUCCUGGAGGGGCUGCAGCUCUCCGCCCCCGGCCAGAAAGCCUUCCAGCUGGAGCUGCGGCCGCGAGAGGAGGACGCCGACAUGACCGUGACAGGCGCUGAUGGAGUCUGCGUGUUUAAAUGUUUAGUUAACAAAGAUACCGAAUACUGCCGUGUGGGGAAAGAGUCUGUUUUGAUAACACUUGGUUAUACCAGUGCCUUACUCCAGUUCAGGUCACAUUCUGAAUAUAGCAUGUUUUCAAAUGCACUGAAGAACUGCAGGAAUCAGAAGAAGGAGCACUCUGUGUUUAAUCAGAGAACAGAAGAAUCCUCUGCAGCUCAAUAUUUUCAGGUAGCAGUCCAUUGCAUCACAAUCCUAUCAGAGUUUUAUGGCUGCCUGUCCCAACAACAGAAUAUGAUGCAGGAUUUUGUAAGGACGGCCACGUAUCACAGAGCAAUACUGCAGAACCACAUAGAUUUUAAAGAUAAGGUGGUCUUAGAUGUUGGCUGUGGAUCAGGAAUCCUUUCAUUUUUUGCUGUGCAAGCUGGAGCUAGAAAAGUCUACGCUGUUGAAGCAAGCUCUGUGGCAAAAUAUGCCGAGAUUCUAGUACGAAGUAACAAUCUUGGUGAUAAAAUCAACGUUCUGUCGGGGAAAAUUGAGGAAAUCUCUCUUCCUGAGAAUGUAGAUGUUAUUGUUUCUGAACCAAUGGGUUAUAUGCUGUUCAAUGAGAGGAUGCUGGAAAGUUACCUUCACUCCAAAAAAUGGUUGAAAUCAAAUGGAAUGAUGUUUCCAACAUUUAGUGACAUUCAUUUGGCUCCUUUUUCCGAUGAACAGCUCUACAUGGAACACUACUCCAGAGCCAAUUUUUGGUAUCAGCAGUGUUUUUAUGGGGUCAAUCUGUCGAGCCUCCGCAAUGCAGCUGUGGAUGAAUACUUCAGGCAACCUAUUGUAGACACAUUUGACAUUAGAAUUCUGAUGGCCCGGACGGUGAAAUACACUGUCAACUUUGCAGAAGCAGAAGAAGAAGAUUUGCACAGAGUGGAAAUCCCCUUUGUUUUUCAAAUGAUGCAGUCUGGGCUAAUCCAUGGCUUGGCAUUUUGGUUUGAUGUGGCAUUUGUCGGCUCACUGGUAACCGUUUGGCUAUCAACUGCUCCAACAGAACCUCUGACUCAUUGGUAUCAAGUACGCUGUCUUCUUCAAACGCCUCUCUUUGCCAAAGAAGGAGAAACUCUUUCAGGGAAAGUCCUAUUUAUAGCAAAUAAGCGGCAGAGUUACGACAUCCAGAUUGUUGCUGUAGUGGAUGAGACUGGCUUUAAGUCUGGCAAUGUCCUUGAUUUAAAGAAUCCAUUUUUCAGGUAUGCUUAGAUUAUACUUGUAUGUUCCUGCUGGAAGAAAAACCAGGAUUU